GUUUGUUUAUAUUUUGAGUGUUGUGCAAAAAAUCACGAAAUCAUUUAUAAAGAGUUGUGUGUACUAUAUUGUUGGUAUCAAGUCAUGUCAAAAGUUAAGGCCGAUAAACAAUCACCAAAAGAGAAUACGAAAGCAGAAAAUAGUGAUAAUGAAUCAAUAGAUGAUACAGCAAGUGUCGCAACAAGCACUACCUCGCGCAGCAAGUCCCCUGGCUCUCGUGGACGCAGACAAAGUCGGGGUCAUAGUAAAUCAAAAGCGAAAAGACCGGCGUAUAAAUACGACUGUCAUUUAAAAGAAGAUCAUGGACAGGCUAUUUUCGGUGUGUCUUUCAAUCACCUGUUGGGUAAGGAUCAACCAAUGGUGUUUGCCACAGCGGGCAGUAAUCGUUGCAACAUUUAUGAAUGUCCACGCAAAGGUGGCUUAAAACUAAUCAUGUGCUAUGCAGAUCCUGAUCCUGAUGAAGUUUUUUACACAUGCAGUUGGUCUUAUGAUUUGAAAACAUCAGCUCCCCUAUUGGCCACGGCUGGUUAUCGUGGUGUUAUUCGCGUAAUUGACAUACAUAGAAAUGAAUCGGUGGGAAAUUAUGUGGGCCAUGGGCAGGCUAUCAACGAACUGAAGUUUCAUCCAAGACAAGCGAAUCUCUUGCUCUCAGGCAGCAAAGAUCAUGCCAUACGGUUGUGGAACAUACAAACGCAUGUGUGUAUAGCAAUUUUUGGUGGUGUGGAGGGUCAUCGUGAUGAGGUACUAUCGAUAGACUUUGAUUUACGUGGAGAGCGUAUAAUGUCCAGUGGCAUGGACCAUUCUUUAAAACUGUGGCGCAUUGACACGCCCGAAUUUAAAGACAAAAUUGAAAUGUCCCGCACCUUCAAUCCGAAUAAAUCCCAGCUACCGUUUCCUACAAUUAUGCAACAUUUUCCAGAAUUUUCUACAAGAGACAUUCACCGCAACUAUGUGGAUUGUGUACAAUGGUUUGGAGAUUUCGUCCUCUCAAAGUCAUGCGAAAAUUCAAUAGUAUGUUGGAAACCGGGACAGUUACACCAAACGCUGUCUCAGCUAAAGCCAAAUGAUCCUUCGUGUACAAUCAUUAGUGAAUUCAAUUACGAUGAGUGUGAAAUAUGGUUUGUACGUUUUGGCUUUAACCCUUGGCACAAGAUUGUAGCUUUGGGCAACCAAUAUGGCAAAGUGUAUGUAUGGGAACUGGAUCCAUCGGACCCUAGACACACACAUUCCAGCACCUUGAAUAAUAUUCGAUGCACUUCAAUUGUGAGACAGACUGCAUUUUCUCGUGAUGCAACAGUACUGGUGUGGGUAUGUGAUGACGGCACAGUGUGGCGUUGGAAUCGGAGAAAUGCAGAAGUACACACACCAUAAUGCAUACAUUCAUUUCACAUGUUUUAUAUAAGUUAUGUUUUAUUAUAUGAAAUAUAAUUAAAAUAAAAUGUUAUUUUUCUAUCCACCAA